CCGCGGCUUUCGCAAGCCGCGCAUCCACUUUUCGUAAGUCCACCACCCCAACGGUGAACGCUAGUAUAAAAUGUGGACACUUGGACGAUUCUCCACUCAUCGUUCAACAGCCGAAUCGAGCAAUUCCCAAGCCUGACAAUGAUCAAGACAGCGUGCAUCGUCCUUUUUAUGGCAGCCGUGGCGUCUGCUGGAUUACUCCACGCCGCCCCCUUGGUGGCUGCACCAGCGGCGGUGGCUGCUCUUCCAGCACCGAUCGUAACUGCUAGAAGCAGCCAAGUUGUGGCUAGGAACUACAAUACAUUCGCUGCUGCGCCACUCGCAGCUUAUGCCGCCGCCGUACCUGCAGCUGUGCCCGCAGCUUUACCAGCAGCCGCCCCGGCACCCAUUGCUCUGGCUGCACCGGCUGCACCAGCCGCACCGUUGCCAUACGCUGCGUUCACCUACGCUGCUCUAGCGGACAUGCCCCGCAACAGUGGGGGUAUAUUACUGGACGAAACUGACUAUAAAAGACCUCUAGCCAAUUCACAUGACAGUACAGUUGUACAUUGCAAUCCACCCGAUCCACUUUCGAGACCUCAACAACUAAAAAUGUUCGCCGUGAAAUUCUUGGUUCUGCUCGCCGGUUUGAUCGGCGCGUGUUCCGCCGGUUUAUUGCCAGCAGCGGUGCCAGCAGCGGCGGUCGCAGCACCGAUUCCAGCGGCGUUGACGAUCGGUACCUACGCCUCCAGCUACAACGCGCACGCGAUCAAUCACGCGGUCGCUGCACCGUACGUCGCCAGCCCUGUGAUCGCCCACGCCGCUGCUCCCCUCGCUUAUUCCAGCCUUCCAGCUGCUCAGCUCGCCUAUUCCGGCGUUCCUGCCGCCACUCUCAUCGCCGGCAGACGCUGAAAAUCGUAACCAAGAAGCCCGCGGCGGUCGCGAAUUCGAGGACAGUCCAGCAGAAACAUCCGGUUACGUCUCGACGCAACGGCCAUCCUCAACAGCUGAAACAACCGACUAACCUUCGACACCGUGCUGCUGUUCCCCUACCACGGUAACAAGAUCCUGGAUCCUCAGUGAAUGUCACUGAUCUGGACUAACAAAUCGACGGCCGUCGACGCUUCAGGAUGCUUUCUUCCUCGUUCUAUGCUUCUUUCCGCCUUCUAUUAUCCGCCGACCCGACCAAGUUUCUCGCUUUGUAAAAAGGAAUAAAAUUUAUUUUCUUUUCGUA